CCGAACAUCUAAUAACUAGCCAAAAUAUUGAUUUCAAUAAAAAUAUAGGUACUUUUACUAGAAAUAAAUAACUAUGAUAUGCGGCACUCGAGAAAAACCUUUACCGAUAUUAAAAAAAAAAUGGAGACCCGCCAAAGAAUGUGAUCGAACAACAUUACUGGCUAUUCGUCGUCCAACAGCCGUAUCGAAAUUCAGAGAUAGUGUACCACGCCCCAAUUAUCGGCCACUAAAAAACUAUCUUCCGUCAUGGGAAUCCAGAAAAUUUGACGAAAAAAUUCCAAUGUAUCAUGGAUACACUCCAUCUGGUCCAAUUGUCUUCCAUAGAGGACUUAUGGGAAAGGAUCCUUUUCAAUCAGAUAAUAAAUUAAGUUUUGUAUUAAACAACUCGUAUGACAUAUCACACAGAUAUAACCCAUUACACGAUCCGCAUUUAAAACACUGGGUUAAUUCACCAAUCAAUCGAAAAUUUCUGGAAAAACAAGGACUCAUUACUGAAGACAAGGAUGUGAUUUGCAGCUUAAGAGAAUACAACGAAUACAGACGAUUUUUAUUACGCGUAUACAAUGAUUCAAUAACACGUGAGAUAAAACUUAAAAAUGCAGAAAAUGAGGAUCGUGAAAAAAUAGCUAUUGCAAAUUUUAAUCAUAGAAAAGAAUUAAUAAAGAAAUUAAAACUUUUGAAGUAUAAGUUAAAAAAUAAAAGUAAAAGAAACCAUGUUAAGUCUUUUUGUAAACCUUCAAAUAAAGAAAGAAAACUACCAUAUAAGAAAAUUGAAACAUAUACUGUAUUUGGAUCCGGCUUGGGUGGUGUAAUUGAUCAAAACAAGUACAAACAUACCUUUAUAAAAGGUUCCCCAAAUGAUUACUAUUUAUUGGGAUUAUUUGAUAAUUUUUUUAAACAACAAAAAGACGUAAAACCUACUGUGAAACAAUUACAAUAG